ACGAAGUCGUCAGACAAACAAGAUUUUCAUCUGCCUGUGCGCCACCAUGCUGGGCCUGUACACCUCGUUCCUCGCCCUGCUUGUCUUGGACACUACGCGAGGAGAUACGGGGGUGAACGCGGUAGCGUGCGGGUUUCUAGCCGGUCUCAUCCAAUUCUUCGUACUUUCCUCCAUUGCGUGGAUGGGAGUGGAAGGCAUCAAUACCUACCUGGUCAUCGUAAAGAUCUUCAAUACAUACAUACCAAACUUCAUGGGCAAGGCCGGUCUUGCAGCCUGGGGAAUCCCUGCGAUCAUCGUUAUCCUGACUGGCGGUAUUGCAAAUACGAACUAUGCCAGGGAAGAUGUCUGCUUCCUUCGCCUCUGGUCUCAAGUCGGCGGCCUUCUGAUACCUGUAGCCGUCGUUCUGAUCACCAACAUGGUCAUCUUUAUUAUGGUCAUCCGACAGCUAUCAAAAUCGGCUCAGAUAGCCGGGAAAGCAAAGAAGGACAAGGAUGGGAAGCGCGAAGAGAUGAUUGAACGCGUCAAGAAUGCAGUGACAAUCCUGGUAUUGAUGGGGCUGACUUGGACUACUGGAUAUCUCCUACUUAUCGAAGCCUUUACUCUGGUUGUCCAGGCCUUAUUCAUCUUGUUCAACUCCUUCCAAGGUCUCUUCAUCUUUAUCCUCUACUGUGUGCGGAAGCCCCUAGUUCGUCAGCAAUGGGGUUUGACCUGCUUCUGGUGCGAUGGAGAAGGUACGGGGAGUGAUGGCAGACGGGUGUCAUCCGCAUCUGAUAGCCUGACUACCAUCUCUAAGUUCUUCAGCGGCAGACGUGUGAAGAAGUACAGCGUUGGCGAGGAGAGUCUAACCGGAGUUUCAAAUGGUGCAGACUCUUCAGUGUAAGUGUCAGCGUCAGUCUCCAAUCCCACAUAUGGUGACCUUGACUUUGGCACUUAUACCGAACCCUCUGACGAAAGCAAAAUUUAAUCUCAGUGGAUGAAUACAAAUCCUUGCUAAGCUCCUUUAUCUCGAACGAGAUUCCUUCAACUCUACUUUUGGUUGGUAAUAUAGGCUCCCACCCCGGUCUCUUGGUAGGUCUUCUUUUUUUAAAUACUGUCGGCAAUUAAAGCACUAUUAUCCCUGACGAAAUUCCUUAUAUUAACUUUUAUUAUUAUGCAACAUAAGUGGAUGAAAGCUUGCCUACUAAAUUUCAAGGUUGGUAGAAGCUUAAACUACAUGUUAUAAUUAUCCAAACCAAUGCAAGUUUUCUGUAUCACUUCUAGUUUUAGUUUGUAAAAGAGUUCCCAUAGGUUUGUGGGUCUGUCUUCUUUUUAAAUGCUGUCGGCAAUUAAAGCACUAUUAUUCCUAACGAAA